AUGGCCUGCAAGCUGAUCGUGCUCGCCGCCCUCGUGGCCGUGGCCCACGCCGGCUACCUCGGCGCCCCCGCCGUGGUCGCCCCCGCCGGCCCGGCCUACGCCGCGCGCGCCUACGCCGCCCCCUACGCCAGGGCGUACGCCGCCCCCGCCGCCGUGGCCGCUGAGUACGACCCCAACCCCCAGUACAGCUACGCCUACAACGUGCAGGACGCUCUCACCGGUGACUCCAAGGCGCAGCACGAAACCCGCAGCGGAGAUGUCGUCCAGGGCAGCUACAGCGUCGCCGAACCCGACGGCUCCAUCCGCACCGUCGACUACACGGCCGACCCCGUCAACGGCUUCAACGCCGUCGUGCACAGGGAGGGCGGCGCUCACCCCGCCCCCGUCGUGGCCGCCGCUCCCGCCUACGCUGCCGCCCCUGCGCUGGCCUACGGGAAGGCUUAUCACGGCUAAACGCUCAUCUGACCACAACGCAUUCUCAUAGCCAUUAUGUACAAACUUUUAUACCCACUACUAUACAUUAGCGCACCUCAAUAAA